AAAGUUUCUAUAAAACCCGAAAAUUUUACUGAAAUAUAGGCUUAAAAAUAACGAACUAUACAAUAUUGACUUACCGAUUCAGCAUUGAAAAGUUGAACAGAAUUUUUUUUCCAUUUUUUAUUCACUGAAAAUCAAUAUUGAAGAUGCCGCCGGCGGCCAGUGUAGUAGCGCAUGGAGAUCGGGUACCGGAAAAGGUUGUGCCAGCGAUGGUGCAGCAACCUCAGCCGCCGCUGGGCGUGGCGAUGACGAAGGCGCCGGAGGCUUUCGCAAAGGACGCUAUCAUUGCAUGGUUUCGAGGGGAGUUUGCGGCAGCCAACGCCAUCAUUGAUGCGCUCUGCAAACACCUGAGGCAACUUGAAGGUGGUGUACCGGCAGAGUAUGAUUCGGUGUUCGGUGCUAUUCACCGUAGGAGGCUGAACUGGAUCCCGAUCCUCCAGAUGCAGCAAUACUAUCCGAUUGCUGAUGUCACAAUGGAGCUUCAGAAAGUGGAAGCCGAAAAGAGUGAAGGAAGGCAGGUGGACGAAAAGAAAAUUGAAGAGGUGAAUGAUACCAUUUCCGAGAAAACUCUAGAGAGUUCCGUGGAGAAAUUAGAGGAGGGUAAUGAAAAUGGUGGAGUAGAACCCGUGGUUGAAGAUUUUACCCAGGAUGAUUCACCUGAAAGUGAGGUUACGGAUACAGGAUCUCAAGAAGUGCAGCCGUUUCUUGAACAUGUCGAUAUAUGUUCUAACCAUGAAGAAUGUGAGGCACGUCGUGAGCAGAUCAAGAUGACAAAAGGAUUCUUAGCAAAGGAACCCGUGAAAGGUCAUAUGGUUAAUGUUGUUAGAGGUCUUAAGUUGUAUGAAGACAUAUUCACUGAUGUCGAACUCUCUAAAUUGAAUGACUUUGUGAAUGAGCUCCGAGCUGCUGGCCAGAAUGGUGAACUCUCAGGCGAGACCUUUAUACUUUACAACCAGCAAGUGAAAGGAAAGAAGAGAGAGUUAAUUCAGCUUGGAAUUCCCAUUUUCGGACAGAUAAAAGACGAUGCAACAAGUAAAUUGCAGAAGAGCAACAUUGAGCCAAUUCCAGCACUUCUACAAGGUGUAAUCAGCCACUUGAUCCAGUGGCAUUUGAUUUCAGAAAAUCGCAAACCAAAUAGCUGCAUCAUUAACUUCUUCGACGAGGGGGAAUAUUCUCAGCCUUUUCUAAAACCACCUCAUUUGGACCAGCCCAUUUCAACCCUCCUUCUCUCCGAGUCAGCAAUGGCAUUUGGUCGAACACUUGUCAGUGAUGAUGAAGGAAAUUAUAAAGGACCACUCAUGCUCUCUCUCAGGGAAGGGUCACUUUUAGUCAUGAGGGGAAAUAGUUCUGAUACAGCAAGACAUGUUAUGUGCACCUCACCGAACAAGAGGGUAAGCAUCACAUUCUUUAGAGUCCGGAUGGAGACACAAAACACCGAGGCAACCCCUUCCACAGGAGCAAUGACCUUAUGGCAACCUGGUGUCCAAACUCGAUAUGCAGUCCCAAAUGAAAUAAUUAGUCCCUACGAGGCAAUGGAUAUGAUCCCAAAAUGGGGAGUCCUUCGGACUCCUGUGGUUAUGUUAUCUCCCAUGCGUCCGAUGGUUUUGAGCCCUCGAAGAAUUCCACAAGGUGGUACCGGGGUUUUCCUGCCCUGGACCGUUGGAUCAAGGAAACCAGCAAAACAUCUUCCACCUCGUGCUCAGAAAGGACGAUGUCUUGCUUUACAGUCCCCUGUUGAAAAUCAGAAAACUCAGGGGACUUCUGAUCCGGGGGACAACCACGAAGGGAAAUCUCUGUAAGUUAAUCUGUUAGUGUUGGCUGUUAUACAUUUCCUGAGAUGCCGAUAGGCUCCAGAAAUAGUAGAGAGCUUGAACAUCGAGCGGAAUGUGGAUUAUUUUGUAACAGAGAGUUGAGUUUUGUAGUGUAUUGAGUUUCUUGUGGAUGCAGUCUUUUUUACAUAACCAUAUAUUUGUGACAUUUUCCCUUUUCUUCUAUUUAUCAAGCACAAUUAAAUUAGUUACA